CGGAAAGCCCAUGAGGAUUGAAACCUCAACCACCAUCUUUUUCUCCCUUCACCUUCUCUCCAGCAUCUCGACCUGCACCGCGGCAGUGAUCCUUUGCGUGAGCCUGCUUCUUUGAAAUCUCUCACGACAUCUUCCGUCCUUCUUCUUAUUUGAUCUUCCCCAUCUAUCACCAUGGCUGAUACCUCUGCUGCCUGGCCCUUGGCCGACGAGAGCCUGACUCAGAGCCUUCUGGACCUUGUCCAGCAGGCCUCCCACUACCGCCAGCUCAAGAAGGGAGCCAACGAGGCCACCAAGACCCUCAACCGCGGUACCGCCGAACUGGUCAUCCUCGCCGCCGACACCUCCCCGCUCGCCAUCGUCAUGCACAUCCCCCUUCUGGCCGAGGACAAGAACUGCGUCUACGUCUUCGUCCCCAGCAAGCUCGCUCUCGGCCGUGCCUGCGGUGUCUCCCGCCCCGUCAUCGCCGCCAGCAUCACCACCAACGAGGCCAGUGACCUGAUGGGCCAGAUCCGCACCCUCAAGGACAAGGUCGAGAGACUUAUGCUGUAAACUAGCGGGGCCAAUCCUUUUUUUCCCCUGUUCUGUGUGGUGGACUGGUGAAAAUGACGAACAUGCGUCAUCCGGCCUUUUAUGAUUGUUCCAACGGGGAAUUGAUUUCCAUGUCUCCUCCCCCACCUCUUCGGUAUGCGUGCAGGAGCUAGCUGGCUUUGCGGGUAGGCUCGGGGGGAACUGGCUGGGAGUGGUUGAGAUGGGUGUUUUACUUAGUGGAUUGGGGGGAGAUUGCGAUUUGCUUUUUUU